AUGUUGGCUCCCCGUCAACAAGUGUUGACACCCCGUCAACGCGUGACCGUGACAUGUCAACGCGUGGCGGUGACACGUCACCGCGCGGCGCUGGUGGGGCCACGCGUGGCGCUGGCGCGGGUCCCGCCAGGGGGCGGCGCAGGGGACAACAAGGAGGAGGACAGCAGCGUCAUCCACUACGACAACGAGGCCAUCGCGCGGCUCCUGGACCGCAACCAGGACGCCACCGACGACGCCGACGUGCAGAACAUGAACGAGUACCUGAGCUCCUUCAAGGUGGCCCAGUACGUCGUGCGCGAGGAGGACAAGGUGGGCGCCUGCGCCGGGGACAUCGAGGAGAUCGAGCGGGAGAUCAUCAAGCAGGAGGAGAACGUGGACCCCGACUACUGGGAGAAGCUGCUCCGGCACCACUAUGAGCAGCAGCAGGAGGACCUGGCGCGCAACCUGGGCAAGGGCAAGCGGGUGCGCAAGCAGGUCAACUACAACGACGCCGCCCAGGAGGACCAAGACAUCCAGGAGGACCAAGACAACCAGUCCGAGUACUCGGUGGGCUCCGAGGAGGAGGACGAGGACUUCGACGAGCGGCCCGAGGGUGAGUGUCCCCUCCGUCGCAGGGCUGACGCCCCGUUUCCUCCCGUUCCUGCCCGUUUUUUCCCAUUUCUCCAGGUUUUGGGGUUCAACACGCGGCAGCGCAAGGCCUUCCUCAACGCCGUCAUGCGCUGGGGGAUGCCGCCCCAAGACGCCUUCAGCUCCCAGUGGCUGGUGCGGGACCUGCGGGGCAAGAGCGAGAAGGAGUUCAAGGCCUACGUGUCGCUCUUCAUGCGGCACCUGUGCGAGCCGGGCGCCGACGGCUCCGAGACCUUAGCGGACGGG